ACGAGUUUCGGUUCAGGCGUUACGGUUAAGGUUUUGGCACUGGGUAUAGAUUACGUUUAGGCAUAAAGGAUAGAAAAACAAUCACGUUUGUUGUGGACAUUCGCCCAGAUGUCACCAUCUGUAUGUGUGUCUUCCCUUCACUGAGUUUGAACACCCCCAAAAAGGGUGUACAGCAGAAGCUCUGACAGCGGAUAGUGUCAGACACAAUGUUGGAUGUUAAUGAGCAAUGCCCAACCAUGAGACCCCCGGGUAAAUGUGCUCUAUUCUGAAUCCUGUUCGUUAUUCUGAAUCCUGAAUGUUUUUGUGUGUGUGUGAGUGCAUGGACACGGCGUGAUACCAGCGAUUGAUGAUUACCCUGUGUCUGUUUGCCUAUGCAUGCAAGUGUUUGUGUGUGUGUGUGUGUGUGUGUGUGAUCAGUCCUCCUUGUUAGACCUGGUGAAGAGACUCUGAACCCAUCAUGGAGUCGGGGAAGCUGACAGGUACUCUGGCAUUAGCUGUGUUUUCGGCAGCCCUGGGAUCUCUGCAGUAUGGGUACAGUCUGGGAGUUAUCAACGCACCACAGAAGGUGAUUGAGCGUCAUUAUGAGCGCUCCCUGGAGGUGCACUCUGGGGAGUCCCUGGAGGAGUCCCUGGAGCUGACCCUGAACGGCACCGGCACGGUGCACACCUCUGUGGUCAUGUACUGGUCGCUGUCCGUGUCUAUCUUCUCCAUCGGGGGCGUGGUGUCGUCCUUCCUGGUCGGCUUCGUUGGAGACCUGAGAGGAAGGGUGAAGGGUAUGCUGAUGGUGAACGUGUUAGCCAUAAUAGCUGGUCUUCUAAUGGGCCUGGCGAAGAUGUGGAAAGCCCAUCUCAUGGUCAUUGCCGGACGCUGUGUCAUGGGUUUCUACUGCGGUCUAUCCUCUGGUUUAGUUCCUAUGUAUAUAGGUGAGAUUGCUCCCAUGGCGUAUAGAGGAGCCCUGGGGACAUUACAUCAACUGGCCAUUGUUACUGGGAUACUUCUGAGUCAGGUGUUGGGUCUGGAGUUCCUCCUGGGUAACGACUACUUCUGGCCGGUGCUCCUGGGUCUGUCUGGAGCUCCUGCUGUGCUCCAGUCUCUCCUGCUGCCACUCUGUCCCGAGAGCCCCAGAUACCUCUACAUCAAGAGAGGAAUGGUGGAGGAGGCCAAGAAGAGUCUGCAUCGUUUGAAGGGAGAGUACAACUCGUCACGUGAUCUGGAGGAGAUGAGGAAGGAGAAGGAGGAGUUGGAGAAGGAGGAGAAAGUCUCCAUAGCAGUAUUGGUGCGGUCGUCUUUCUACAGACAGCAGCUGUUUGUUGCCCUGAUGAUGCACCUCUCACAACAGUUCUCUGGCGUCAACGCUAUCUUUUAUUACUCCACGGCCAUCUUUGAAACAGCAGGUGUCACACAGCCUGUCUAUGCAACUAUUGGUGUGGGAGUUAUCAAUACUAUAUUCACCAUGGUGUCGGUGGCCCUAGUGGACAGGGUCGGCAGACGGACCUUGACUCUGAUUGGUUUAGGAGGAAUGUGCAUCUGUGCUGUCGUCAUGACAGUUGGUCUUGUGUACCUGAGUGUCUACUCCUGGAUGUCCUAUGUCAGCAUGUCGGCCAUCUUCCUGUUUGUGAGUUUCUUCGAGAUCGGUCCCGGUCCCAUCCCCUGGUUCAUCGUGGCCGAGUUAUUCAGCCAGGGCCCCAGACCUGCUGCCAUUGCCCUGGCUGGAUGUACCAACUGGACCAGCAACUUCAUCAUCGGAAUGACAUUCCCUUACAUACAGGAUUUAUGUGGUCACUAUGUGUUCGUCCUGUUCGCUGUGCUGCUGUUUGGCUUCACCGUGUUCACCUACGCGCGUGUCCCGGAGACCAAAGGGAAGACAUUCGAGGAGAUCGCUGCGUCGUUCCACAAGGGAAGGAAACCCACGCUGGGAACCAGGAAGAUCGACACUGGUACUGGGACCUCCACUGAGCUGGAGCAGCUCAAGUCGGACUCGCAGGCCUGAGACUCGAAAGUGGUCCAAUCCAGUGACUGUCAUCAAAAAUGUCUUGGAGUUGUAGUGUUGAUCUAGGACAAGUCUAACCCAUUAGAUCCUAAUGAAUAACAUGACACUGAGCUGGUCCUGGAACAGCACUCAUAAUCUAAGGAACACUAUACAUGUUUCCAUGCAAUUGUUUCAGCCUUGGCAAUGUUUGACAUCUUUCAAAUGAUACGUACCUCAUACUCAGGUUGCAAUGUUUUUUCUGACCACACGGGCUAAACAAUUAUUUUUGUUUUAUCUAGUCAGUAAAAAAAACUGCCUGAAAAUUAAUGUUACUAUGUCCUUUAAAUGUUCAACGAAAGUGGUUUGUAUAGGUUUUGUUUAUACCAUUGAUCAAGAUUACAUAAUUACAGAUGAAAUUAUCAUAAACUUCACCUUUCUUCACCUUUAUCGAAAAAUGGUCAGGGAGAGUGGAUUGCUAAAUUCACAUCAAGAUUGAACUAAAACACAGAUGGUGCCCGAGUUCGGACAAUAAACUUGUUAACCCUG